UUCCUCCUCCUCUCUUUCACUGUCAGUUCUGGUUUGCCCAUCUUAGCGUGUACAUCAAGGUCUUCUUUCUUAUGCUUCAAGAUGACCACAACAGUUGGGAACAUUUCUGAAGGCUUUAACACAACCAAGUUUGACAACGUGUCCCAAAGCAUUCCUGAUUCCAGACAAGUGAAAAACCACUCAGCUAACACAGCAUCUCGACCUGAUUGGAUACUCUACACAGUUCCUGCGUCAGCCUUUCUGAUUGGGAUUGUUCUGUUCACAUAUGUCUGCAAAACACAACAAAGCAGAAAUGCACCUGCAAAGCAGAGGACAAACACAAACGAACACUUUGCCACCUACACCGACUUUGGGUACACUAAGAGCAAUACUCAGAGACAUAUGGAAACAAAUGAAAACAAAAAGGAUGACACACAGUCCUAUGAGAAUGUAGAAGCAGCUAUCUACAGCAAUCAAGACAAAGUCACAUAUUAUGUUUCUGCAGAUGAAGAUUAUCUUAACCCCGAUGAAAUGGGGGAAGAAGAAGUGGUGGGGCCAGAGGAUCUUCACAACAACACCCUACGACUGCCAAGCAAUUUGACCGAUACAGAUGGAGAGUCGUAUGAGAACAUGGAGGGGUGUUUAUAUGCUCAGCCUCGCACACAGACACAGCAGCUCCAGCAUGACACUGAAGAAGAGGACUAUAUCAAUCCUGACGAUGAUCGAAAACAAGAUCUCGCUCUGGACCAAACAGACACCGAGUCAUAUGAAAUUAUGGUUGGAUCAGACUGUCCAUAUAACAUGGAGGAUGAUUCAUAUGAACAGAUGAAUGGAAUCCCAGUCCUGAUCUAGAGAAAAAAGGAUGAAAGAAGAGAGGGUGAAUCAAAGAGAUGCAGAGAAACAGACAGCUGCAGUGAAACUGCAAUUUAAAGAGAGACAAAAGACAAACAUUGAGUUUCUUUUUAAGAUUAAAACAGCUACAGGAUGCAUAAUAGUUAUUAUCUUAUUUUUUUACAUGUAAGUAUUGAAACAAAAAUGCACUGUUUAAUCAUUUUUGUUAUUGGUCUCUCUC